AUGGCAUCUCCCGCAAGUCAAGACUAUACUUUGGUUGCUACCAAGCAUGGUAGAUGGGAGCGCGACAUCGACGAGGUCGAGCAAUUCUAUACAACACUAGCCAGGUCAUUUGAAGGGACUGGGCGUACUUUCUUCGCAAUGACUGCUCAUAUCUCAUUUGUCGUCACUGAGCCCGAAUCAAUGGAAGCGAUAGCCCAUCGCGUGAUUGUCAGCAUUCGACAGGCAUGGCUGCGAAUCCGGUAUGAUCAUCCCACAGUGGCUUCUUGGGUUGAGUAUCAAGAAGACAAAAAGAAAUGUCGGAAGGUUUAUGAACCUUGCUUCACCAACGAAAGAAAGCAACAGGCCUGGCUGAAUGAGACCAUCCGACCAGUACCUACCACCCAAAGUGGAGAGGAAUGGUGCAAUUCGGACCCUCCAGUGCCUAAGCUUCCGACUUUGUUCUUGAUCUAUAAUAACAAUUAUGUUGGAGCCAAGAAGUCUUUCGAUCUUGUCCUGCGUUCGCACCACGAUAUUGUUGAUGGGAUUGGGGCUUUGCUUCUGCUGAAUAAUAUUAUGAAAUACACCUCAGCUGCAUAUGAAAAUCCACACGACUUUCAUAUUUCUACCUAUGACAAGGAAUGGCAAAAUCUGAGCCCGCCAUUCCGCGUUGCCGCCUCAUUACCUGCGUGUAUGACCGAGGAACAAGAGCGCAAGCUUCAGCAAACCAAAGAACAAAAAGAACUAUGCAAGAAGGAUGUUGAGAUUGCGACAGUGCCAUACGAUGACUCUAGUACUGUGCCUGGGGCUCACAAGAGAACGGCUUUGACUCUUACAGCGGACAAAACUCAUCGAGUGCUCGGUGCAUGUCAAAAGAUCGGAGCUAGUGUGACACAUGUGUAUCAUGCUAGCGCUGCGCUUGUACUUUUUGGUCUUCAGAAGCAAACGUCCAUGGAGAGAAAAGUGCGAUAUAUCAACUACUCGUUAAUAAACGAACGUGGACACUGCCGUAAGCCAUAUAACUCCCCGUUGCACGCUGUUUCCGUGUACCACUCAGUCUCUGGGAAGAGUCUUGUGUUAGACUCGAUAAUACCUGCCAUUGGUACAGCGAAGCCGAGCAUCAAGGAGCAGUUACAAGAGCUUCGCAGGGCAGUUGAACAAGUAAAGAGCUAUUAUCUUGACAUUCGCAACGACAAAGAGCAUGUUUAUCUGGUGCCAGCAUAUUGGGUAUUAGGCACUCCCUCUUAUCCGGCUGGAGAUGAGGCUCCACCCAUUCCAGCUCCUAACAAGAUGCCAUCAGUAUCCAUGUCAAGCAUGGGAGUCAUUGAUAAGAUCAUGCCAGAAAGAUAUGGAGCCUUCGAACUGUUCUCUCCAUGGGUUACUGGAGAGGAGCUGGGAAAUGGAUUCGGAUUGUUCCUUGGGACUUUCCGCGGUUGUUUGGAAUUGAGCAUCGCGUAUAACAAUGCCUGGCAUACCAAAGAGGAUGCUGCGUCUUUUAUGGACAAAUGCAAUAAUUUGGUCCUCCAGUUGUUGGAUAUGUAA